GCGGGCAGGAUGCACGAGGAGGCGCUGAUAAAGGGAUCCAGCUCGUGAGAAACGGCAGCGAAACGUAAAACAUGUGAGAAAUGAACGCCAUUUAUGCAUGGGAUGUAUUCAUGGUAGUGUCGCCGCUGUUCAGGGAAAGACUCCAUGUAGACGCGAGGAAACAUUAGCCGCUCAACCUCCCAAGUACACUUCAGACAAUUGUCAACGGUCUUUCUGUCCAAGUUAUUGUCUUCUCCCCGUCUGAUGUGGACUGAUUCAGAACUGGGCCAUCAUGAUCCCAGUGAACCUUCUGGUCACUCUUUGGCUGAUCAGCUUAAUACCAGCAGCAUCAUGUCAGUGAACCCUCCCAGCAGUAAUGACGCUUGCCUCAGCAUCGUCCACAGCCUCAUGUGCCAUCGACAGGGCGGCGAGAACGAGGGCUUCGCUAAGCGGGCCAUUGAGAGCCUAGUCAAGAAACUGAAGGAAAAGAAGGACGAGUUGGACUCGCUCAUCACUGCCAUCACCACCAACGGCGUCCACCCCAGCAAGUGUGUCACUAUCCAAAGAACGCUGGAUGGACGUUUGCAGGUGGCAGGGAGGAAAGGUUUUCCCCAUGUGAUUUAUGCACGACUGUGGCGCUGGCCUGACCUUCACAAAAAUGAACUGAAGCACGUCAAGUUCUGCCAGUACGCCUUCGACCUCAAGUAUGACAACGUGUGUGUAAACCCCUACCAUUAUGAGAGGGUGGUGUCUCCAGGCAUUGUUGGUCUUAGUCUUCACAACACAGCGCCACCCAGUGGGCUUAUCAAAGAAGAAUACAUCCAUGACUGUAUUCAAAUGGACCUCCCACCUGGCAUGCCAUUGUCUGACCACCAAGCAACGCUGAAGAUGCCCCCUCCAGACCCCUAUGGCCAACCCCUGCCUCCCCCACAUUUGUCCUCUGAGCCCCAUGGACCCCCACCAGUCACCAGAUACACACAGCUGCCUGUCUCUCCCAAAGUGUCAAGUUCUGGCUCCAUGCUGCCUCUACAGGGCAGUCAUGUUGAUGGCCGCCCUCAGACAGCAUCGCCACAGAUUCCAGUCAUGUCUCAAGCACCGCCUCGUUCCCCGACUCCCAACCAACCUCUUCCUCAGCAACAAGGUCCUCAAGCCCAGCAGAGUCCACACCCACAGCAAUCCUCUCUACCUCCUCCUCAUGGACAGAACGGAUACAGCAACAAUAAACACUCACAGAGCCCGGCUGCCUUCCACACAGUGUGGACAGGCAGCAGCACAGCCGCCUACACUCCAAUUGGACCCCUGCAGAAUGGUCGUGGUCAUCAGCAAACUCCCCUUCACCAUCCAAACCAACAUUGGUCUCAGCAUCACGGCUCAACCUCUUUCCCCCCGUCUGUAUCCAAUCAUCCAGGACCAGAGUUUUGGUGUUCCAUCUCCUACUUUGAAAUGGACGUUCAGGUGGGUGAGAUGUUCAAGGUGCCGUCCAGCUGCCCUGUUGUCACGGUAGAUGGUUAUGUGGAUCCAUCGGGAGGCGACCGCUUCUGCCUAGGCCAGCUGAGUAACGUUCAUCGCACAGAUGCCAGUGAGAGAGCCCGGUUACACAUCGGUAAAGGGGUGCAGCUGGAGUGUCGUGGCGAAGGCGAUGUGUGGAUGCGGUGUAUGAGUGACCACGCUGUGUUCGUACAGAGCUACUAUCUUGAUAGAGAAGCAGGCCGGGCACCAGGUGAUGCCGUGCACAAGAUCUAUCCUGGAGCCUACAUCAAGGUGUUUGACCUGCGGCAGUGCCACAGACAGAUGCAGCAGCAGGCAGCGACUGCGCAGGCGGCUGCCGCUGCUCAGGCGGCGGCAGUGGCAGGAAAUAUACCUGGACCAGGCAGCGUGGGAGGCAUUGCACCUGCAGUCAGUCUGUCUGCAGCGGCGGGGAUCGGCGUGGAUGACCUCCGGCGACUAUGUAUCUUGCGCUUGAGCUUCGUCAAGGGUUGGGGUCCUGAUUACCCGAGGCAGAGCAUCAAACACACCCCCUGCUGGGUGGAGGUCCACCUGCACCGUGCUUUGCAGCUUCUUGAUGAGGUGUUGCAUACUAUGCCAUUAGCAGAUCCAGGGCCUGCUAACUGACUGCUGAAUGCUGAAAUUCGGAUCUGGAUUCUUUGAAUGUGCGCGCACACACACACACACACACACACACACACACACACACACACACACACACACUUUUGAUAGUUUUGCUCUCUAUUAAAUAUCCUCCCUAAUUGAAUAUCCAGUGAAAAGACCCAAGACAAAGUAAAAUGACCAACACGCGAUGCUUGUAACAAUCAAUUUAGCCUGCGCUAUCUCACACACACAUUCUUAUGAGCAAUAAGUAAGUAGUCAAAAGAUCAAUCAAUCAAUCAAUGUUUAUUUAUAUAGCCCUAAAUCACAAGUGUCUCAAAGGGCUAUAUGUCUCAAAGAUAUAUUCACGAUUGUCUAUCAACGUUAGCAUUACGUUGAGUCAUGUCCCAACAAACCAAAAAGUUUCAUCUGUACAAAAGUUAUAUUCUACCAUUUCUUUUUUUACUAGACAUAUUGUUUGAAUAAUUUCAUAAAUACAAUUUUUUUAGAAGGUUACUGUAUUUAACCCAUAAGAACCCACAGUCAUUUGUGCUAAAAAAUGACACAAAGCCAAGUGGAUUUAAAUACUUAUUGAUAAUUCAUAUCACAAAUUGUACAUAUUUUUUAUUGGCUAACAACAUUCUGAAAAUAUAAUUUCUUAUAUUUUUGUUAAUAGUAUUAUUAAAAUGAUCAAUACAAAUGUUAUUCAAGAGAUAUUUAUAAAAUUUAAUUCAACAAGAAAAGAAAAAACUUUUUUUUUUUAAAGGUAAUGUAACGCAACAAACAAAUUUAAAAAGCUAACACUAAUUACAUGAACAAUUGUGACGCUUUGGUGACACAACGUUGACAACCUAUCCAACCAUCCAUUUUCUACCGCUUGUCCCUCUCAGGGCGGUGGGGGGGCUGGAGUCUAUCCCAGCUGCACUCGGAAUGCAGGGUACACCCUGGACAAGUAGGAGCAUAUCAAAUAAACAUGAAAAACAUCACAAUAGCCUCAAAUCCUUCCAUUUUUCAUGAAGCGACACUCGGUGGAAGUUUUUUGGACACGCCCUCCUGAAUUCAAACUAACUAAAUAUGUGCUAGUAGAGGUGUUCCAAGCCGAUAUCAAUAUGGCGAAAAAUAAGUUUGGGGUCAUAUCUAGACUGUCCAAUAUAAUCUCCAAUACGUGCAGUCGUGCAGCACGUCUACUUAGAACCAGUUAACAUAUAAAUGUCCUCCAAUAAGCACUUUAGUCAAGUCAUUAGCAAAGGGUAAACAUGAUAGGCUGUAGGGUACUAAGAGGUAGCGGCUACACAACAGCUAAGCACACAACCUACACAUAAGGAAUAAGUGUCGAACAAUACUGCAGUGUAAAACAAAAUUUUUCAUUACAUGCAAGUGUCAAAUAACAAUAGUUGCAUAUUACUUACAGAUAAAAAGUCUCCUAGGCUGAAGUGUAUUAGAAAGUAUCCAGUAACAAACGUGUCUGCAUCAUUCAACUUACUGUGUCAUUAGCUUUACUUAAUAAAUGAUUGUGGCCACUAGGUGUUCGCUCAAAAACAAUUACCAGUUAAAUUCUCAGGGCAUUCAAUCGAUCGCAGCUGAACAGUCCAGUUUGUCUUACAAGACGUUUCGCCUCUUUAUCGAGCAGGCUUUACCAGUUCAUCAACUUGGUGCCAAGAUCCAAAAAGUGUUGACCUUUGCCACCAACAAGACUCUACAGUUGAUCUUAUCACAGUGAAGGAAUAACUAUGAGGAAAAAUAACCAGCAGGACAGAAUCCCAAAGGGAACGAAUUAGGUUUUGAAGUGGCGGCAGCUCUCCAAUGCCAAUCAGCAUCAGUAUCGGCCAAUACUCAAGGCUCCAAUAUUGGGUGUCGUAUCGGAAGUGGAAAAGUUGUAUCGGGACACGCCUGAUUAGUAGUACAAAAAUACUUUUGAACAUAUGUUCAUUAAAAAUGUGUGACAUGUAUUAAGCGUCUAAUUGGUAUUUUGCUAUUGUUGCAAAUACAUCACCUAGCAGUUUUAAGGCUAAAAGACUGACAGUGUAUAUAUCUUGUUUUCUAUUAAUUCAUUGAAGAAUUACAGUAAAAAUAGUUGAAUUGUAAUAUUUUAAUUAGAACACCUUAUUAAAUAAUUGUUAUUGUUAAAAUGACUGUGGGUUCUUAUGGAUUAAAUGUGCUACACACAACCAACACAAUCAUAUUUACUAUAACAUCCAACAUGAAAUAACAGAUAUUUAUGUAUUUUCGAGAAGACUUUUCUCCCAUACAUCUGCGCUAUUGUGACAGAUAGAAAUACGUGUUUCCCUGUUGCAUUUUUACUGUAAUUGGGUGAUAAGAAAAGGAAAUACGUUCGGUUCUAAGGAGUACAAAUCACAACUGUGUACAUCGACACAAGGCAGUGUGUUAUUUUUCUGUAAGUGUAGUGUGGACACAAGUGGUGUGUAAAUGUGGAUCACUUCUGUGCUCGUACCGUGCUUGUCUGUCGACUCAAACUUUAUCCUGUUAGCUUUCGUAGUACUCUCAGCUGAAGUACAUAUAUAAAUAUAUAUACGGUAUAUCUAUUUUUUUGAUAACAAAAAAAUGAAAAGCCAAAAACAUGUAGCUUUAAAAUGUUGUGGGCCUUUGUUAUGAACAGUGCUACCCUGUAACCAAAUGUUUGGUGUCUAUCACCAAAAGCUAGAAUACCUCAUAACUACACAACAUACACUUUUCAUCAGGAGGCAAAAUUCAGCAUGGCUCAAGAAAGCAAAGAGAAAGUUUCACCAAAAAAGUCCAACACAGUUUGUAUGGUUGUUGUAUUUGACAAUACCGGAGGUUUUUUGGCAGUGUAGGUCUAUCACAGACUUCUGGCGAUGUUUAGCAACCACCAACUGAGUGCCUUUCUCAUCUCAACACUUCUUUCGAGCUCGAUACGACUCUGGUAUGUUUCCUCCAUAGAGAACAAUAGAAGUGUUUGACAUCAUUGUUUGGACUUCCUACCGUGUCUUAUAGUGUUUUCUACUAAUGGGUGUCCUAAUCCGAUAUUAGUAUCGGUCCGAUACCAGCAUCAUCGGCCUGAAUUUCAAACCUCCGGUAUUAGAACACCGAUUCAAGCAGUCUGUUCUGCUCCGGCGAACAAAUCUUUUUGCUAGCUUAGCAGAGCGAUAACAGGUUGUCUCCCUUUAAGAGUUUUUACUUUAAGACACUGUGAAACUAAACAUACAGAAAUUAAGUACAUCAAUAUAUUGUAGUUUCCAGGCUAUGGAGUGCAACAGUAUUUAAGCCGCACCUACCAAAUUUAAGAAGAAAAAAUAUUUUUUAUAUAUUAGCCGCACCAGACCAAAGGCCACAAAUAUAUACCGGUACGAAAUAUUUUGUAAAUGUUUAUUUACAUACUUCCACAACUCCAUGGUGACAUGUUGGUGGAUUUACAAAACUGAAACAAUACAAAAAUAAUGCCAUUGUAAGUUAAUAAAGCUAACACAGACAUUUGUAAACAUGCACGAUUGAUUAUAUUUCGAUAGCACGUACAAAUUGACAUCAUACAUCACACACAAGUUUAGUAAGUAUGAAUUGUUUAGCUGUAUCGUAAAACUUGCAAACGUUGCUUAGAGUGAUGAGUAAAUAAUUAUUUCCAGCGGAAACACUUUAGACAAAUAGACCAAACAAGAUAUACUUCCAGUUUAAGGCACAAGACAGGAAGUACAUAUUCAAACCGCAGCACCCGCAAUGAGAAAACAUAUCGAAAAGAUGGCGUCAUAGCACAAAAAAUCCCUACAUUUUUAAUGUCUCUGUCAAUGUUGAAAACUAUUUGUAGAAUACAAAACAUUAUGACUGUUAGCAAAGAAAAAUCCAUAAAUUAGCCACACUGUUUUAUAAGCCACAGGGCUCAAAGGGUUGGAGAAAAGUAGCGGAUCAUAGUCCGAAGAAAUACGGUAACUUACAUGCCAUACAAAAUAACUUCUCUGUGACAUUCCAAAAGAAAAUAAAUGAUUUAAAACAAAUGCGCUAGCUCAAUGCCAUAUACAUGCUACUAAUUAGCAUUGGCAGUUUGGCAUUUGGCAAUCAGAACUACAACUAAGAUGCAUGUUACAAUCAAACAGCUGGUGUGUAUUAAGUACAAUACUUACAAUAUAAACACUUUGUACUACUCAACAAAAUAUAAGACUAUGCCAAUGGCAAAGACUACUUCCUGACUACAGCAACACACCUAGGACAAAUUGAAAUUAAAUCAUACUUGCAAAUGAGACUCAGAAGUGUAAGAAAACGAGAUAUAACAAUUAAAUAGUGUCCAAUCCAUUCAAGAUUUCCCUUAAGCAAUUCUACAUAUCACUUAAUCAAGCCAUUCCUAACAAUCUACACAACAAAAUAAGUAGAACGCAAGUAAUGCUAAUAUUGUAUCGGAUCGACAUCUGCCAAUACAUAUAUCGGUAUUGUAUCGCAAGUGGAAAAAGUUGUGUCGGGACACUCCUACUUUCUACUAUGAAAGUGUAUGAAAUGUUACUGUGAAGGAGCGUAAGCCCGUCCAACUACACCACCAACACACGUCGUAUAUAUAUAUAUAGCUUACAAAGCAGGAAAUUUACAAGCCCCAUUUUUCUUCUGAAUUGGUUUUAAAAUAACAUUUUGCUCUGGUUUUCAAAUACCGUCUUCGUUAUUGUACGGCCAAACAUUGCACGUAACAAACUAGUCCGUUAACGCCGUAACACUUUGUGGAAUUUAGUGUUCAAAAAAAAUAUCCCACGUGUUGGUGACUCAAGCUCUGUACUUUUUUAUUGAGUACGACUGCAAAAUAAUCCACCAUCGGGCCCAAAAAAGUUGCGAGUGUCAGCACUUUGGUAAAGAAGGUGAGACACACUAUUUAGGCAAAGUACCUUCAAUACAGGUAAAAGUAAUGUUAAAUGUUCAUUUAUUGUCAUAUGUAUUUUACAUUAUUUUCUCCAUGCACAACUAUAAUUAUUCUUCAUAAGAUAUGUUUUGUGUUCAUAUUAUUGGGGGUCUGGCAGGUAUUAAUUAGAUUGACACUAUUUAUUAUGGGAAAAAUCCCUUCAGUGUUAAUAAGAUUCAGUUUUGGAAUGUAUUACUAAUGAAAACUGAGGUAGCACUGUACUUAAUAACAUUUUCAUGAAGUUAUUUUUACAAAAGGCAGAGUCUCAAUGAAAAAUGAGCUGUUUUGCCCGGGUUGCACUUUGGACAGCGCUGAUGUGGCGUAUUUAGUUAAAAGGUGGCGCAGCCUGCAAGAGAAAGUGAUGAAAUACGUUUUUUCGUGACCACAGCAGACGUCUGCUACGGAAAACAAAAUAUUUGACAAGCAGAGCCAACACGUUCAGAAGCAAAGUUACGCCCUCCUUCAACACGAGCAGAACAAAACCAUUUGGAAUAAACAACUUGACAUAUUUAUCACCGUAUAACAUCCACAUAUUUUCAAGGCUGCUUGAUUAAUCACGAAAAUAAUAUGAACAGGUCAAAUAAUUGUAAUAAUAAACAUAUUUUCUCUUACUGCACAUUUCCACUCGGACGGAGGAAACUCACCAGAGUUGUGAACUAAAGCUAACAUCUUGGAGGUUCGGGCUGGGGCACACUUUUGACUUCCCUUUAUUUUCACCUUAAAAACUGUUCUCCACAAGUAUAACCCCACAAAUGUGAGACUCUACUGUAAGAAGGGGACUCAUAUGGCCCCAUUCGUCGCGGUUUACUGGACACAUGAAACGUGACAAAUUGGGGGGGGGGUGCACUAUCCACGUUAGCCGCCAGACGGCAGUAGAGUGUUGACUAUCUUAAAAUGUGUUUGGUGGCAUUUCAGACUUUGACCCCAGCAACAGAUGCAACGUAGAGUGGGGCUUUCAAUCAUUUUCAGCAGACUGCCUCGCAAAAUGACAAACACGCGACAUCCACCCAGGAAUGGGGCCAUAAGAAUCCCUUCCCUACUGCGCAUUUUGCCAUAACUGAGCUUAAGAGCACCCGAAAAACUCAAAUCAGAGGAGGAAAAAUUUGGUUUGUUAUUGUGAACGUCGCUAACAUGUUAAAAUAAAAAUUGUAGUUCACCGUCACAUGACAACUUAUUAUGUACACAACAAAUAAUGUGUCUCAUAUGUCUUUUCGCACUUCUUCAGCAACCAAAUGGCCUGUAAUGCUGUGAUUGGUUAAAGUGCAGGCAGUGUUCUAUUAGUAAAUGUGACGACACAAAGCAAAAUCAUGGCAAUCAUGUCUAGUUUUAUGGACCGAUUAUCCCCAUUCUGCAGUUUGAAGUCUGCAAAGCCUAAAAGUCACACGUUGACGUUUGAAUAUGAAGGCCACAGAUCUUAACGUGCCACACGGGCUACAUUGUUGCUCGGGCCUAAUGCCGAGUGGAGAAUUCAGCUCCUUUUCAAAGAUCAGCCCACUAACACAUAUGCAUAUUUGUGAUAUGUGCCUUUUUCUUGUGGAGCGUAGACGCAGCAACACUAGUUUGUAAAAAGAGUUUUUGGUUUGUCGUCUUAUUGUCGAGAGUCCUGUUGCACAGUGGUUUGGUCUUCACCCACUUCAGGCGCCAUCUUGUGGUUCCCUCAGGUAUCUGUGUAAGAACUCACCAACUGCUUCAUGGACAUAGAUCUAUUUGUAUUCCAGUAGUAUAAUUUAUUGCCUUUUGUGACUCUGUGACGCAAACUCAUCAUUUCUGGGUCACGACCGCGUCGUUUUGUUGUUUCCAGGAAUUCUGUAUAUUUUCACCGUGUAUUUGUGGAACACUGUGGAUGUGACCUUGCAGUUUGCAACAACUGAGAGCAAGCUUUGACAUCAUUGUGUAACUAAUGCUGUAAAAUUGUUGGCAAGGAUUUUUAUAUGUUCGCUCCAUAAUUAAAGGGAAACAGAC